GGCCGAGGCUGGAGAGGAAGCAGCGGUCCUGGCAAGGAGGAAGGAGCCUCCCCUCCUCGGCUCGGCCCCCUGCCCGUUUGCCACCGCCUCCCGCGGCCGCCAGCGCCGCAGUCACGGGCGCAGCAGGCGGCACGAUGCAGGACGGGGGUCCCCGGGGCGCUCCUGUCCCCGGCCGGAGCCACGGCUACGCAGACAGUGGGCAUGGCUCGCCGCCUGCAGCAGCCCCUCCGAGGCGGCGGCUGACUCGGAGACCAGGCUACAUGAGAAGCGCAGCCUGCCCUGGGAUCGGGUUCCUCUCUCCAGCAGUGGGCACGUCAUGCCAGAUCUCAGCAGGGCCGACAGGCCAGGAGUCCCACUACUCACAGCCCAAGGCUGGACAGUGUGGCUCCAGCCCCGGCGGGUGCUGCCAGGUGGUGGGCAGCCCUUUGCUCAAGAGCUCGCUUGCCCCUACUGUGGCCUCUGUGGGCCACCUGCACCCAACCCAGAGCUCUGUGAAAGAAACAUCAGUAUACUUUGGGGUUCAUUCCAGAAAUGACAACAAGCUACCUGAGAAGCUGACCAGGCCAUGCAGGCCUGGGGACAGUGGAUGUUGUCAAGACGGCUUAUCUUUGGACAGCUGUAAGUCCCUGGCUCCCAGCCUUGAUGUAGCCUGGAGCAAGGGAUCAAAGGGCCUGGAGACUGUGAAGCCUCUGGCAUCGCCAGAGUUGAAUGGCCCGACUGAUAUCCCAGCUCUUCCUGGCUCCCAAGACACCUUUACUUCCUGCUUCAGCUUCAUUCGACUCUCCCUCGGUGCUGCUGGGGAGCGUGGAGAAGCAGAGGGUUGCCUACCAUCCAGAGACACUGAAUCCCUUCGCCAGAGUCCCCAAGAGAUGGCGGCUGAAGCGUCCAGCUCAGACAGAUCCCGUGAGGACCGUCGAUGUCUCUGGACCUUCAAUCUUCAGGCUACUCCGGGCCCGGUGGACUUGGGUCAGGUGACAGGGAGCGGCAGCAAGCCAGAAUGUGGCCUAGUCUCUUCCUUGGACACUGGCUUCUCUUCCCAGGAUCCAUCCUCAGCUGGUGGGUGGGGCGACCAGGGCAGUGGCUGGGCAGGUACCCGAGGAUGGGAUGCUUUGCUCAGUGAAUGGGAGCCCAGGCUGCAGGACCAUCUACUGAUCAACCGCAGGCAGCUGGAGGUCACUUCCUUAAGUUUAAAGCUCCAGACACUUCAAGAAAAAGCGAUUGAGGCUGGUGAUUUCGAUAAAGGCCGUCAGAUUUCACACCUUGCUGGGUGAAGGAUGAGUGCCAGAGGGAGCAGAAGGUAUGAGGCAGAAGUACCUUCCAUGGUAGCCCCGGGGUCCAUGCUGCGCCAUGGGUAGAAGAGAAGCCAGCUGUUCCUGGGUCCGGGCUCAUUGGUGGUUUGUGUCUGUGAAAGACAGUCCUGGUUCUGAUGCACCCUCUACUGCAGUCCUGGUUCUGAUGCUCCCACUGCUGCAGCCCUGGUUCUGAUGCACCCUCUACUGCAGCCCUGGUUCUGAUGCUCCCACUGCUGCAGCCCUGGUUCUGAUGUACCCUCUACUGCAGCCCUGGUUCUGAUGCACCCUCUACUGCAGCCCUGGUUCUGAUGCCCCCACUACUGCAUCCCUGGUUCUGAUGCACCCUCUACUGCAGCCCUGGUUCUGAUGCCCCCACUACUGCAGCCCUGGUUCUGAUGCAUCCUCUACUGCAGCCCUGGUUCUGAUGCCCCCACUGCUGCAGCCCUGGGUUUUGAUGCACCCUCUACUGCAACCCUGGUUCUGAUGCUCCCACUGCUGCAGCCCUGGUUCUGAUGCACCCUCUACUGCAGCCCUGGUUCUGAUGCCCCCACUACUGCAGCCCUGGGUUUUGAUGCUCCCACUCUUGCAACAUUGCAGGGGUUUGUUUUCAUUGUCAAAGGCUGAGUCUUAGUCCCUCCUCCUUUAGAUCAUAGCUCCCACGGUGCUACAUUCCUUGGAUGGAAGCCAUGCACACCCUCCACCCCCAAGGUCUUUCUGGACUUGGUUCACCCACUGGUCUUUUUCUAGCCAAGGCCUCACUUCUAUCCCCUUUAAAUAUUCCUGCCACCCUUUGGGAAUGAAAUUGUGAAGCUCUUGUCAGAGAAGUCAGAAAGAAAGGGCACCCUCCUUCAGAGCUUCUGGGGUGGACCUCGCACUGUGUGUUUUCUCCAACUUCUAGAAGACUCAGGAACUGAGGAUGAAGGAGUUGUGGCUGUAGGUUUUCUUCCAUGGAGGGGCAGGCCCCGGGACAGUGGCUGGGGGUUUUGUGAGGGCAGAUCUCUGGGACCUGGGAGUGUACAGAGAGGACAGGUUGGUUGGUCCACAGUAAGUCCCACACCACUCUCACCCUGCCCGCACCUCAGGCCUGUCCAGCUGGCUUGUGGAGUGUGCAUCUGGUCCCUGUAUAUUCAGUAAAUGCUUCAGGAAGGAUUGAGAUGUCUUGGUACCCACACUAUCAUCAGCUAGAGGAGGUGAGGAGGAAGCACUCGGAGCUGCUCUUGGCCCAGCAUCUGUUUAUUCUGCUACCCUGGAGUUCAUCACAGUAGUGACGGUGUCGUCCAUGGUGGCAGGAGCAUAUGGUACAGGGUCUUGCAUCAUGGCUGACCAGAAGGCAGAGAAAACAGACCAAAUCCCAAAGCGGGCGUAUCUUUCAAAGACCCACUCCUAGUAACCCCCUGCCAUAUGCUCCUGCCACCAUGGAUGACCACCGCCACUACCACAAUGAACUGAAAUCCUCCAAAUAAACCCUUCCUUCCUUAAGUUUCUUCUGUUAGAAGAACAGAGUAGCAAGAACAAUAACGCAGGGAUCUGUGAAGUCUCACAGAUGAUGGGAUUCUGGGCCAGUGGGACCUCAGCGGACACCGCGGAGUCCCUACUGUAGUGAGAUUUGUUGAAAGACCCAGGAAUAUACUUUAUUUCUCACCUAGUAUCUCAAGGGUUCGUAAAAACCCUGGAAGAAUUGUGAUUUGUCCACACGUCCUUUAUGAACUUUGUUUCUUUUUGUGCAUAGACAACGCAUUACUUUGUCUUUAUCUUGGGGAAGGGUGUGCAACAAUUGUGUGUGCAGGAAAGGGUGUGCAGCAAUUUUGUGUGCAGGAAAGCCACAGGACAGCAAUAUGUCCCCUGGAGUCUGUUUCCUUUUCUCUUUCUUUCUACUUUCGCUUUGGGCUCCAGCGAAAGAUAUGGUUGGCAGAGAAUAGAAAGUUCCAUGUUUUAUCUAAUCAAAAUCACAGCAAGUUUACUCGGCGAUGCCUCCUGGGAACCCCCCUAAGGAUUCUGAUUCCAUCUCUCCCUCUCCAGGAAAGCCAAGUUCAUAUUUCUUUCAUCUUUGCCAACAGCUGAGAAGGCUUGGGGAAGAAAGAAUAAUACUUUUCGAUGCUUAGGGUCUUUUUCCAAAAGACCCUCUGGCUUCAUUGUAUUAAUGCUCACCCCGUGACUGUGGGGGCUGAAGGGUGAGAAUGAGACCUCGGGAGAGACCACUGCUCGGAGCCUGGAGUACAGAGGAGAACUUUAGGGCACGGCUGAAGGGAGGACAAGACUGUCCACAAGGAUCCUCCGUGUCGCUCCUAUUUUGAUUUACUCCCACAACGUAUUCUGUCAGCCCCUGACUUACGCCCACUGUAACCAUGUCUGUCACUACCAUGUCUGUCACUUUGCUCCCCAAAUGAGCAAGGAAAGGCUGUGAGAAAAUCUCAGUAUCUUACCUCGCCCCCCCAAUGUGUGUGUGUGUUCAUGUGUGUGUGUUCAUGUGUGUAUAUGUGCAAGUGUAUGGAGGCCAGAGCUUUGCUGGGAGCUGAACUUGGAUCCUCCACAAGGGCACUAAAGCUCUUAACUGCUGAGCAGUUUCUCCAUCCUCCACUAUACCUGAGGAAAAACCUGAAUGUUGUGGUUUUAUAGUACUGUUUCUAUGUUUAGAUAUAUUCAGGUGUGCAAAUUCUUGCAUUGUGUUACAAUUGGCUACAUUUUUUUAUCAAGUUGCACACAGUGUUUAGCAUAGUGGUGUGCAUCCUGGAGCUGAGUGGUGCGGCAGGUCGCAGCAGGGAGCAGAGCAGAGUGCAAGGCUCCGCCGUGGAGCCAAGAGGGCUCUGCAGGCUUCAACAUGGGGCUGAGGAGCACAGCAGAAUGCACCGUGAAGUCUGCACCAUGGAGCUGAGGAGUGUAGCAAACUGGACAGUGAAGCAAGGGAUACUGCAGGCUGCAUUACAUAGAGAGGUCGAGGGGUGUGGCAAAAUGCACUGUGGAGAUAAGGGUGUGGCUGUUUGUGGCACUAGGCUUGUGCUAAUGCACCCCAUGGUGGCUGAACAGUGGGACCACCCCAGGAUGCAUCCAUACUAGACUGUAUCUCCAAGUUCUUUGCUGGACUGUAUGAAGCAGCGUGACUUAGGGCUGUAUCUACGUCUAUAUCUAUAUUAGUUCUGUAUCUCUACCUCCAAGCCCACUUUCAGAUUUGUUUUAAGUUGCCCCUGGUUGCCAAUUUCCCAGAGACUUUUGUUCUACUUCUCCCCAGGAAGCAAAUCUCAUGUCCUUGGAGGUUUGUGUGUUGUAACAUUUGGUCCCAGUGUAACAUUUGGUAACACUCUUUUGGGGUGGUUGUGAAUUUUUAUGGGUAGAGCCUCACUGAAGGGAGGGGGUCACUGGGGACAGGUCUUGAGGGUUUUAGCCUGGUCCUCAUUUCUGUUCCUGGCAUCUUCCUGCCUGAUGCAGUAAGGUGACCAGCAGCUCCGUGCUUCCCUGUUGCAGAGAGAGCCACCCCCACUUCCAUGCAUCCCUGCGGAGAUGGAUGGCCUCCUCUGAACUAUGAACCCAAACAAGCCUCUCCUCGCCAAGUUCUUUCUGUCACAGCAACGAGCUAAUACACAAAGUAGCCCUUGAUUGAUGUCUGAUCAGGACAGUGCAAAGAGGGUUUGUUAUGUGGGGCUCUGGAAAGGCUCCAUUAGCUGGGUAUUAUGCGUAUUAUAAUAAAGAGUGAUUGGACCACAACGUGCAAUUGAAUUGACUGAGUGAUAGCUUCUGCUGGCAGAGUGUUCCAACUCUUUUACUUUUGCGUGAAGUGACAGAAACAAUUAGCGUAUUCAAAACCUGAAACCCUUAAAAAACACCUUCAUGAGCCGUGAAACAUUUGUUGAUAGUGCAUUUAUGUGUUUGUUUUCCUUUCCUGUAUGUUUUCAGUUGCGGUAUCGUGAAAUGAGUCGUGAAAAAUUUAGCGUCUCCCUCUGUCUCUUUGGAUGGGGAUGGUCCAGCUGACACAGUAGAGUGUCCCGGGAUGGGCGAGGAGACAGGGUGUCAGGGCAGCAGCUGCUGUGUGCCCUGCUGUCUGCUCUUGGGCACCUGUUUGCUCUGGGAUAAAACAGAAGCAGCAAACCUGUUCCCUGGCGUGGGAGGAAUGAUGGUGCAGGGUAUGAGCGCCCACAGCUCAGGGCUUGGAAGGAGCGGGUCCCUUUCUUCCUCUAGCCCAUACGUGUUAGAAGGCACAGGAAUCAGAGGGUUUGACUAACCUUAGCUGGCGGUUAGCAUCGGGAACAAGCAGAAGGCAGGACGAGAUAAUAUGGCACUUUAUUUUCUAUGUGUCAAUAAGAAGCUCAUUGUGUGUGAUCUGAUUUCUUUCAAGAUGCAGAAAUAAGUUUAUAAAUGCAGUAAAGUGCACUAUGUCGUAAAGCACGCAAAUUGUGAAGUGUUUGAAGUGUGAAUAUUCUAAACAUCUUAGCGAAUGGGUUUUUCUGCUCUCCAGGGUGAAUUUCAGGAUCUUGUUUUUCUUGUUAAUUUUCUGGUGCUCUGCUGGAUGACACUGCGUGACACCGAGGAAAUAAAAUUGUAGCUCUUCUUGGGUUUAAGGAAGCCCCAACAUCGAUUACUGUCCUCGUUAGUUCUAAUUUUUAAUUGUCAACGUGACAUAACCUAGACUCAUCUGACAGGAGAGCUUCAACUGAAGAAUUGCCUAGAUCAGACUAGCUUGUGGUAUGUCAAUGGGGAAUUGUCUUGAUUAAAUGUCUUGUUAAUGAUGCUGGAAGGUCCAGCCCACUGUGGAUGGCGUCAUUCCCUAGGCAGUGCUCCUGGGCUGUACAAUAAAGCUAGCUGAGUACGAGCCUGUGCCAGCCAGCUAGCAAAUAGCAUUCUUCCAUGGUUUCUGCCUUGGGUCCUUGCUUGAGUGACUGUUCUGACAUCCCUUUACAAAGGGCAUGUGUUCUGCAAAUAUAGGCCAAAUAAAUGCUUU